AUGAAUAGACUAAUCUUAAAUAAAGCAACUUCAUCAAAUGAUGAACCAACACCAGGCUAUUUAUAUAAUGAAAUUUCUCAGAUGACAUUUUGUUCAAAGGAAUCAUUAGUUUUAGUUGGAGAAUAUUUAUUAAAAAAACUACAAAGAACAGAUCUAAAUGUAAAAUUAAAAACACUUAAAAUAUUAAAACAUUUAUGUGAUAAAAAAAGAUCUGAUUUUAGAACUUUUUUAAAAAAAAAAAUUGAUAUAAUUAAAGAGUGUCAAACAUGUAAUAUUGUUAAUGAUGAAUUGAAAGGAGAAACCCCAACAAUGCUUGUUCGUAAGGAAGCAUCUGACUUAAUUAAGUUAAUUUAUUCUUAUGAUACAAUAGAAAGUAAUGCGAAAAGCAUAUCCAAUAAUAACCAAGAUAUAAUGAAAAAUAAUAGAAUAGAAGGAUUUGGAAAUAAGGUAUUUGAAAAAAGUGAUCAUUAUAAUAGGAAUGACAGAAUAGUUAGUGAUAUAAAUGCAAAUAAAAGUUUAUGUAAUAAAUUUCAUAAUAAAAGUUAUAUGAAUAAAAUGUCAGGUUUUGGUAACCCUUAUUUUAAUCAAAAUCCAUCCCAAAAAACAAAAGGAGAAAUAGCUUUUAAAUAUUUGAAUGAAGUGGCUAACAAAUAUAUACCAUCUUCUUUUGUUAGUAAAAUAAACAAAGUUAGUGCAUCUAUAACAAAAAAUUAUUCAAAUGGUUCAUUAAAUAUUCAAAGUAUAAUGAAUGGUAAUUCAUUUAAUAAAAGCUUUGAAAAGAAUAAUAUUAAAAAAGUUGAAAAUCAUAAUUAUUCCUAUGAUAAUUAUCCAAAUCUUAAGAGAAUAGAAAAAAUAAGAAAACCUCAAGAAUCGCAAAUUUCAGGAAUUUAUGAAACAAAAAUAAUUGAUGAUAUUUUAAAUACUACUGGAAUUAAAAAAAUACCAUCUGAAAAUGUUUUAAAUGAAUUUGCACAAAAAUGUGAAACUCUAGAUACAAAAUUAAUAGUAUCUAUUCUUACAUCUAAGUUAAAAAACAAAUUUCCAAAUGAAGAAGAAAAUUGGAAAUAUAAAUUUAAAGUAUUAUGUGUUAUAAAACAUUUAUUAAUUCAUAGAAAAAAAAAAGAAAAAGAAAAAACAAUUGAAACUUUCGAAUCUUUAGUUCAAAAUUUGAAAAAUCAAACUUUAGAAGAAUUAUAUAGAUCCAAAGAAAUUAAACAGUUAAAAAAACAAAUUACCGAAAUUUUUAUUUUAAUGGGAUUACAACAAAAACAUCCAACCGAUGAAUUAAAAAAAGAAUUUAAAGAGAAUAUUGAAAUUCCUAAUUUACUAGAUAUUGAUGAUGAUAUUAAGGUAAAUAAUAAUAACAGGAAUACUACUAUUACUACUAAUAUUACUGCUAAUAUUAAUACUACUACAACUACUAAUAAUAAUAGUAAUAAUGAUAAUAAUAAAAAUACUAAUUCUUAUUUUGAUAACACUAAUUUAAUUAUUUUUGAUUCUGUUAACAAUAGUACUGAUACAAAUCCUACUAAAAUAAGCGAUAUUUGUUAUGAUGAUACUAAUAAUAAUAAUAAUAAUUUAUUAAGUCACUUAAAUGAUACUAACUAUUAUAGUAAUAAUAAACCCACACAUAAUUUAGAUCCUUCAAAUUAUAAAAAAAAUAAUAAUUGUAAAAGUAAUGAAAACAGUGAAAAAAAAUAUCAUAAUGAAAGACUAAUAUAUAAUUUAGAUAAUUUUUCAACAAGUAAUAAUGCUAGUAAUAACGAGCUGUUCAACAGUCUAAAUGUUAAGUAUUCAAAUAAAAUAAAUGCUCCUAAUAGUAAUAAUAUACAUAAAAUGACUCUCAAUAAUACUUUGAAUUCUAGAAAUAAGGGUAAUAAUAAUUUAGAAAGAACUAAUGACCUAAUGUGUCAAAACAAUUCUUUUUCUAAAAUAACGACAGAUUAUAAUAUUUCGUCUGAUUUAAUUUUUAUAGAUGAUAAAAAUGACGAUAAUAAAAAAAAUAUAUCAUUAUUAAAUAAUAAAAGCAGUGAAAUAAAUUUAAAUUAUAAUGAUAGUUUUUUUCAUUUUGAAAGUAAUAACAUUGAUAAUAAUUCAAAUCAUAAUUUAGUAAAAACCUUAGAUUCAGAAAAUUCUUAUUUUAAUAAUAUAAGCCAAAUUAAACAUUACAAUUCAAAUAAUCUUAAUUUAAAUAAUUCUAGUAAUACUAAGAACAUUUAUGAUUUAAAUGAUAAUUUAGAUAUAUUAAAUAUAGAAAAGGAUAACUCUUUUAAAAAAAAUGAUUUAAAAGCAGUAAAUAAUUGUAACACUGGAGUACGUUUGAUAGAUAUAAAUGAAAAUCUUUGCACUAUUAAGAGUAAAAGUUUUGACAAUAUAACUAGUUAUGAAAAUAAAUAUUUGAACAAUUUACAAAAUAAUGAAAAUGCUAAGAAUUAUAGAAGUUUUGAAGAUAUUUCAAAAAAAAGCAAUAAUGGAAAUAAUAAGCACUUAAAUGAUAUAAAUAAUUUUUCCGAUAAAUUUGAGAAUUCUUUAAAUGAUUCUAUGAAAAUUGAUGAUGAACAUAUAAGUAAUUUUUUUAAUACUUUUACAAUAUCCUCAAAAAAGAGUGAAGAAUGUAAUAAUAAGCCAAAUGUAAAAAUAGAUGCAUUUGAACUUUUAGCGGACGAACUAAAAUUGUAA